AUGAACUGGACUGAAGGCGCUCUCGCCCGCCAUUCUCGUCGAAAAGGCUGGGAUAAAGACGCUGCCCGACAAAAACAAUACUUCGCUAAAGCCAGAGCGAGAAAGAAUGCUCCAGCUACAAGCAAGGGCCUUGAUAUUUCAUCCUUCGUACCUGAUUAUAUUCCACAGCCAACGUCAUCUCAAGGUCGUCAGUCGAACUCCUCGACCCCUCGCCGGAAGCAAAGAACACCAAGAGGAAAGCUCAUACAUAGACACUCUGAGACAGAAAGCUCACACAAGAAAAGAAGCGGAAGGGAGAGAGAGUCACAUAUCGGAAAUCAGGGGCCAGAAGCCGAGAGCUCUCUGACAAGUCCGCAAGACAAAGACAAGCAAGAGUUGGACAUAGCAACCAAGAGACGCAGGCUAUUAGAGAAGGCUGACUGGACUGGCGUCAUUACUCAAAAGCCUGUAAAGGUUGAUUUCUCUCAACAAAGGGAUCGAUCCACAAAGGUGCUUACGAAACCAACCUCCAGGAGUGGCCGCGGAUUGAUAUACAGUCCUGACCCGAAGGAUCAAGUCAGCAAGAGAACAAUAGGUCGACUUUCAGAGAACGACAUUGAGAUUAAUAUUGGAAGUCAGAACCUGCGAUGGAGUAGGGAUAGCAACUCAGUUCGAAGCUAUGCAACACGACAAGGUUUUAUAUCCCGUCUCGAGAUCCCACAAUCCGAUAGUGCAACGAGCCAAGCGCCUCUAUCUUCCUACCAACAACCUAGCAGUCUUCGUCAUCAUCGGGGGAGGCCCCCUAGAGCCCCCGACUUUCAUGUAUCUCAAACCCAUAACGAACGAAGUAAUACACUCACGAGCCUUUCAUCUGUAGCACAAUCCCCGGGCCAGGAGGAAUGGUUAGCAAGAGAAAACGAUGAACCAAGAUACGUUGUACAAACUCAUGCACCUAUCAUCCAUCAACCACAGCCAACUCGGCGACGACACCGGGUAAUUGAAGCUAAGUCACCUGAGCUGGAUGAAGGUGCAAGUACCAUAGCUGUUUUUGGUACUCCAAGACCUUUUGAUAGGCCCACAGUCGAAGACAUGCGAUGGAACAUGUGGUUGGCAUCAACUACCAAAGGGAGACAACAGCAGUCCGUUCAGUCAAGUCGAGAUGAGGGGCCCCAAAGACCCAUCAGCCCGAGUCUAAGCAACUAUAUGAACACCUCCAAUGACAAGUCGUAUUCAGAAGAUCUGAUAAGCAGCGAAAACCAAGGGCAGAACUUAUUACAUGCGAACGAGGAGCCACAACCAAGGUCUUCAGAAACGUACCCAUCUAGCAUACCUCCAUCGGAGAGCCAACACGAGCCAUUGGACGACGAACAAGAGCUACCCGAGCUUCAAGCAAGAGAGCAAUUUGCUGAUAUCCCGCCAGCAACAAGUCCUUGCGCUCUACCUAAAAGCUCGAGCUACGAGAGAAAUAUCGCGGACGCGACCGACUCUAUCAUUGCUCAACCCUCCUCGCCUCAACCGCUGCAUGCCGAGUUCAAGUUCCAUCAACCGCAGCUCUUUGUUGGUCGAUUAGCUAGUGACGUCCCUUCCACCAAAUCGCCAGUUUACUUGGAUGCGCCACGGAGCAAGGGAAGACGGCAACGAUCUAGAAGGCGCAGGGAUAAGGGGCGGCCUGAUUUCCGCACCAUGCCAAACUACAAUGACGACCCAAUCGAGGAGGAUUAA